UUAGGAUUCUCCUGGUUGCGCAGCCUGUACCUCCUCAUACUUUCCGCCUGUUACCCAUCUUUAUAUCACUUCCUUUUCUCGUACAAAUAUUGUUCGAACAACUCGUUUUUUACCCCUAUUUGGUACUACACAGGAUCGUUCUACUUUGUCACUUUUCACUAUGACAUCACUCUGUCACAUUCGCGAAUCGGUUAGGCAAAUCGGCGAGAAUACCUGGCUUCUCGGGGGCAAGUACAUGAUACAACACAACAAAAAACCAACCGAUGGCGAACCGUUGAGCAAGGAUUUCAUUGAUUAUAAAAUCUUCGAAGCGCCUAAAACCGUACCAGACUCGGUUUCUAUUCCUCCGGGCAGCCAUUUGCGACUAAUCCAUGAUGUCGGGAAUGCAUCUGCCGUUUUCAGUGUCGGUGAUAAGCUUGUUCUCAAGGUCAAAAAAGUUCACAAGGACCAGCCGCGAGAAGAUGAUACAUUGGAAUUUCUAGCUAAGCAAACGCUUAGUUUCGAAUAUCCAGCAUUUUUGGUCUCUAUGAAAGUUGAGGACAGGAUCUACAUGCUCGAACAACAAAUGUCCGGCGAGAGACUCAAUGAAAGAUGGUGGGAUAUGAGCGAGGAAAAGAAGGAACAUGUGGUGACCCGAGUCGCCGAAAUCUGCAUGGAGCUCAAGAAUUUUCAGUCCCCGGCAAUGACUGGAAUCGACAUUCAUUGGAUGGAUCCUCUUCGCGAAUCGGGACAGCAAGACUAUCAAACAGAAUCACUUCAAAAGCAUUGCGAAUCGUUGGGAAUGGACUGCUCCACUUUUGUCUUCUCCCACAAUGAUCUUGGUCCAACCAACAUUCUCGUCCAUGGUGAUAAAGUUACGGUAAUCGAUUGGGAGUUGGCUGGGUACUGUCCACUGGAAUGGGUUCGAACCAAGUUCGCUGUCUGCGGAGCGUUGAAUGUAAGCCGGAUUCGCGACAAUGUGUAUGAGGUCGAUGAUGAAUACAGAGUGCGAGUUGAGAAGAAGCUUGCAGAUAUGGGGUUCCCAGAGGUCACUGAGGCAUACAAUAAGAUGAACGAGGAACGUUCCGAGAAGUGGAUCGAGGCACAUCCAUGGCUUCAGUAACUGAGUACCUUCUCUUCCUGGUUUCCGGUCACAAUGGAUUUCGCAACCUUCCUACAGUGUAUUUGAGUUAAUAACUGUCAAAUUCAACGGUAACCGCGUUUGUAAAUGAAUACACACACUUGAGACUGCCAAUGUGUCACACAAAAGUGACGCCACUCUUGACGAAUGGUUAAUCGGGUUGAUAUAGUAAUCAUUUCCCGUGACACAAUGUGAAG